AUGGCAAACGGCUCAAUCUUGUACCCAUUACUCGUCGCUUGUCUCCUUGUCAGCUCGUCCUUCCAAUCUUUAUAUCGACACGAUGGAGAUUCGGCGAUGACAUCCUUAAGACUGGACAUGGAUCAAUCUUUCCAUGGAUGCGAUCAGAACCUUGAACAGAAAAAAGCUUCUUGCAGCAAUAAAGGUCUGGGAUUGGUUCCCACGGGUCUAUCUGGGGAUACCGAGGUGCUUGACCUGUCUCAUAACAAUAUCACAAAACUCUUGAACUCCUCGUUUGAAUUAUAUCCUCUAAUCAACUCCUUGGACAUUUCUCACAACGAUGUAAGAGCGAUAGAAUCCGCCGCUUUUUACCCCCUUAAGGGCUUACUGUACCUGUCUCUUUCCUUCAACUGGGGUCUUGUGCUUCCAGCAACAGGCGUCUUUAUGAUGUCUACACAGCUUUCCAUUCUCGAUUUAUCGGCAUCAAACUUGAAAUCGCUCCCCAAUGACAUUCUAAAAUGGAGUCUACAUCUAGAUACUGCACGUCUGUUCUACAACCAGCUCUCCUUCAUCAAUGUAAGUUCUUGUGGCAAGGCCGACACUGUAAACAUGACUGGUAAUCGACUACAACACCUAACGGCUGAAAAUUUCACCUUCGAGUGCCACACUGAUACUCUAAAUAUUAGGGAAAACCCCAUCCAAUCAGUAGACCCUGAUGUGAUCGCAUCACUACGUGUUCGCUAUUUGGUGCUAGGUGGCUACCCUUUAAGUGACGAGGUGUUGGCGAACAUCAUCCUCGGAAUCUCAAAAUCAGACAUCGAACGGCUUACAAUCGUGGAAGGAUCUGUUGGGAUAUUCGGGCAACUCUCUGUUUUACAAGAGCUAAAUCUAGACUAUUGCAAAAUUGGAUAUCUACAUCCUCUUGUCUUCUCUGGGUUGGAAUCGCUUCAGAAGUUGAGUUUGAAAGGAAAUAACAUCCAGCAUAUUCAUGAUGAUGUUUUGUCGGGGUUGGGUCAAAUAAAAAGUAUCGACUUUAAAGGAAACGAUAUCGCGUACUUGGAGGAGCUAAUGUUCUCAAGUAACUGGAAUCUCACAAAUCUGUCCUUGGCCAACAACAGAAUAACGCGCGUUUAUCAAAGCACUUUUAAGCCAAUCUUUUCCUCCAUUUCAUCACUUGAUCUAUCAAUGAACCCAAUUGAAUGUAACUGUGAACUAAAGUGGCUCAUUGAUUGGUUAAAUGGACCUAUACGCUUGAAAAAUGAGGACAAAACUAUCUGUUCGUUAGCAUCCCUGGAGCCUCUUCGUAAGAAAUCCCUGAUGGAUUUUGAUCCAAAUGAACUCUGUAAGAUAAACAAUAGUCUUUAUUCUCUGAUUCCCCUCAUCUCCAUUGGCUUGGUUGUUAUCAGCGUGCUGUUGUAUCACUACCGAUGGCAGUUGAGGUACAAGCUUUUUCUCCUGAAACUGGUCGCAUUUGCGUAUAAAGAGAUGCGAGACGCUCGAGAUCACAAUGACUACGAGUUUGACGUGAACAUCAUUUUCUACGACGAUGACGAAGAAUGGAUUCGCGAACAGCUUCGACCGGCUCUCGAAGAACGGCUUCCACAAUUGCAGAGGAACGUCGUUGGUGACGAAGACCUUGUGUUGGGUAUGCAUUACUUAGAUUCCGUCGAUUACGUGGUAAGUCAUAGUUACAAGACCAUCGUCGUGCUUAGCAGAGCUGCUGUGCUCGACCACUGGUUCAUACUCAAGUUCCGGACGGCCAUGGACCACGUGAGCGACACUCUUACUGAAUUCGUAGUUGUGGUCUUCCUCGAAGACAUCCCAGAUGAUGAAAUGCCGUUCUUGGCGAGGUUGUAUCUCAGUGAUGGCAGGCCCUAUAUUCACUGGACUGAGAACGUGAGAGGACAAGAAUAUUUCUGGGAAGAAUUGACCAAAAAUCUGACCAUAAAUAUAAGGACGAAUGACUUGAUCCCAAACGAGUAGCAUAACAGUCAUGUACAAAUCUAGAAAUACGUGGGAUAGUUUUUAGUAACGAAACUGGUAAAA